CUGCCGCUUUCCCACAAUGCACACCGCUAGAUGCUCUUUGAAAAAGCGGCGCGGCUAAUUCAAGAUGGCGGAAAUGGAGCAGCUUUUAGAUGAGAGCUCGUCAGCCAAAGCCCUGGUCAGUCUCAGAGAGGGGAGCUUGCUGAAAUCCCACAACACCAGAGGGCGGAGCAAUCUGACCUCCCUGGAGACGCCCACGCGGAGCUCCAAGAGAACUCGUCUGUCAUGUGAGGAGGAGGAGCGGCCGUUACCCACCCGUUCCCCUAGGAGGAGCCAGAGAGUCACCACUGCCCCUCAGAAGCUGGCGGGCGUAGGUACUCCAGAUAAGAGAGCGUCUCAGCGGAUCGGACUGCGGCUACGCAACCUGCUCAAGCUGCCCAAAGCCCACAAGUGGUGCAUCUACGAGUGGUUCUACUCCAACAUCGACAGGCCGCUGUUUGAGGGAGACAAUGACUUCUGCCUGUGCCUGAAGGACUCGUUCCCCCAUCUGAAGACCAGGAAGCUCACACGCGUGGAGUGGGGCACCAUCCGCAGACUCAUGGGAAAACCCAGACGGUGUUCCUCUGCGUUCUUUGCUGAGGAGCGGACGGCGCUGAAGACCAAGCGGCAGAAGAUGCGUCUGCUGCAGCAGCGCAAGAUCACAGACCUGUCCGUGUGUAAGGACCUGCCCGAGGAGAUCCCCAUGCCCCUCAUCAUAGGCACCAAAGUCACCGCUCGUCUGAGGGGUGUGCAUGAUGGGCUGUUCACUGGUCAGAUCGACGCCGUCGACACGAGCGCUGCCACCUACCGCGUCACCUUCGACCGUAGCGGUCUGGGAACACACACCGUCCCCGACUACGAAGUCCUCAGUAAUGAGCCUCAUGACACGAUGCCCAUCUCAGCGUUUGCUCAGAAGCAGAGGCCCCCACGCUUCCAGACCUUCAUGACGCCGCCACGGGGGUCCUACUCCGACUCCACACAACCCAUAUUCACCGAUGGGGACCCUCUGUUCAGCCAGUCCCCCUGGAGGAGCAAGCUGACGGGCAGUGAAGGAGAGACGCUGGGCGGCUUCCCCGUCAAGUUCCUCGUCCAAGUAACGAGGCUGUCGAAGAUCCUGAUGAUCAAGAAGGAGCACAUCAAGCACCUGAAGGAGAUGAACACACAGGUGGAGAAAAUGAAGUCGUACUCUCUGCCGGUGGAGCUGGACUUCCAGAAGAGGUACGCCACCACAGUGCUGGACCUGGAGCAGCUCAACAAGGACCUCAACAAGGUGCUGCACCAGGUGCAGCAGUUCUGCCACGAGCUGGCUCCAGAGGGCAUGCAGCCUGCGGACCAGCCCAGUGAGCUGCGGCGGCGCUGUGAGGAGGAGGGCCAGGACCUCGUACGGCUGUCCAACGAGGCGCCCGACGGAAACACACACGUGCAGAACCCCGGACUCACACACCUGGUGUCCCGACUAACAGCCCUGCUGCUGCAGAUCAAGUGCUUGGCUGAGGGAGGUGAUCUAAACUCGUUUGAGUUCAAGUCGCUGACGGACUCCCUGAAUGACAUCAAGAGCUCCAUAGACGUGUCCAACCUGAGUUGUUUCCGAGACAAUGUGGAGAUCCAUGUAGCGCACAUUCAGAGUGGACUCAGCCAGCUGGGCAACUUGCAUGCCUUCUCCGCCAACAACACCAACACAACAUGACCACCACCACAACAACAACACCAAUAUGACAACAACAACACACACAGUCUGUUUGUCUGUCUAUUUAUCUCAUCUCUGUGGACGUGUGUGUGUGUAAUGUAAAGACUGUACGAUUUUUUUCUUGACUGAUGUUGCGUCCACAUGGCUUGUUGACCCUUAAAUAUUUAGAGUGUGUGUGUGUGCGUGUGUGUGCGUGUGUGUGCGUGUGUGUGUGUGUGUGUCUGUGUCUAUCAAGACUGAUGUUUCAUUCACAGGGCAUUCUCACCCUUCAGUAUUUAGAGUGUGUGUGUAAAGCGCUCUGUUUGAGUGUAUGUAGUGUAACGUAAUGAAUGUAUGUGUGUGUGUGUGUGUGUGUGUGUGUGUGUGUGUGUGUGUAUGUGUGUGUGUAUGUGUAUGUUUUUUUAGUCUCUAUCUGCACUAUUGCUGCGUCCACAGGGCAUUUUCUGACCCUUCUGCUGAGACUACCCACUUAGUCCUGUAGGGGGAGACAAAGGCAACUCCCUCAGCAGGAAGAUGAAGCCCAAGGCAUGAGAGGUGCUGCUCAUUAUGACCUCAUUAUGACCUCAUUAUGAGCCCAGACACGCAGCAUUCAGGCGUGGUGCCAAAGGUCACCCACUACAUCAGCAGACUAGUGUGUGCUGCCUCUUUUUUUUUACUUCCUAAAACAACGGCAGUUAUUUAAGAUAAUUGUGUUCCCUCGACCCUAAACCUUUCAGCUAUCCUAGAAAUGGCGUAGGUUGGACUUAACCUAUUGAGCCAUACAUGGACUUUUUUUUUUUUUUUUUUUUAAGGUGUACAGUGUAGAUAUUUGUACAGAUCUUGGAGUUGUUGCAUUAACAGAAUAGAUGUUCGUGUGAACAUUGUCUGACUGAUAUCAGAGGAAUGUUACUUUGUAAAGUUUUUUUUAAAUCCUAAAGCUGUUCCUAAACUGAGUUUAGUGUUUUGUGUGACUUGUUGGUGUGACCAUGUGUUGUAUGAAGUAGCAAGACAACAUGGUGUAAAGGUGCAACUGGUUCUGUUUCUGAAGAGGCUACUGAUGCUGUUUUAGCAGUAGCCUGCUCAUUCACACGUUAGUUGUGUACAGCAUGUACAUGAAAUGUAAAUAUUUCUUGCAGUUUCUUAUGUUUAUUAAAAUCUCUGA